ACCUUCCCCCUCCCAUCUCAUAUACUUACGCCGCCGCCAUCGCCAUCGCCCCCUCCGCCCGCUGUUUCUCUAACUCGACACGGCCACCCGCCUCACACACUCCCCCCUCCCUGGCGCCUCUGUCCAACAUCCUACCCGCUCGGCGCCCAGUCUUGAUUCGUCGUGUUUGGGGAGGAGAUCAAUCAGCCUUGCGCCGACUGUUACCAUCGCGAACUCGGGAGUCGCCAACACCUCCACCUCCACCUCUUCUGGCGCCUGGCUCAUAGGCACGCGGCUCGAGCAUUGUUUCUAAACAAGACAAUCUUUGACCUUCAAACACGCCGCGGCGCAGUGCUGGCGCAGCAUCGUCUGUGGUGUUCGACCAAAGCUGUCUUGCUUGAAUCGUAUCGUACAGAGGCAUGGCAACUGCCACGCAGCUCAUGCCCUCUCCAACUGCGGGUCUGAAGUCGUCUUUCAGCCCAUAUACCGACUCGCCCAGCUCUCCAGCACCUUUCAGUCAGGUCUUCUCCAACUCAAAUAGGAACUCCAACACGUCCGACCACCUGGCACCACCCCCGAGCCCUUACCCUUCCACCGUCGACCCUUCUCCCGUCGACAGCAAUGGCACAAAUGGAACCGAGAUCGAAGACGACGCGCAGGAGAUAGAUCAUGCGAGCGAGGGUGAAUUGAGUGAUAUCCGGUCUCUCGAGACAGAAGAGAUUACCAGUCCAGAGAGCCAGGACAGCAUGGCAAAGCCCUAUAAGCUGGAUACGAUGCUCCCUAUACGCGCGCGCGCAGACUCCGACGAUGCGCCGCAGUCGGUCAUCCAUGCGCCCAUGAACUUCAAACAGUUUAAUCGAGUCAGCACCUCAGCAGCCUCUUCCCGCGAAACCUCCUCGGACCAGACAGCCGUAGUAUCACCACAAACACCAGAAGCACACAUGGGCCUUGAUGAAAAGGGUUCAUACACGCAUCCCAUCGACACCACCGUUCCAAGCUCCGGAACGAUAGAUCGAAGUACCCCACGAGCACAGACACGUCUAGAUCACGACGAUGAGAGGAGACGAAGCAGGGCUAGCGUCAGUCUCGCAGACAUUGCAGAAGCGGAAGACGUAAUUCAUUCAGAUGCUACGUCACUUUCCAAUGGGCAGGACGGCAGCAGUAUGCCAACCCCCUCACUGCAGGGGGAUGAGUUUGCUUUGGCUCAGACAAUGGGCGAGGCCCUGCACGGCAUCAACGAAACCGAAAGGGAGGUUGCUUCCCUCAAGACGGCCUUGGACGAAUGCUGGACUCUCUGCAACACACUGGCAAAACUCAGUCAAAAUCAUCGACAACGAAUGUUCCAUUACUCCGGAACCAAAGCAGACGAGCAGGAACAUGCAUGGCGGACAUGCUGGCGCUUGUGUCAGAAGCUCUAUGAGAGCAGGGACGAACACCACGCUACACAGAUUAAACCAACACUGGAGCUUUGCCGGGACUUCUGUCAAGCACUUUUCGACGUUCGACACCGGGGCGACGAUGCUUCUGAUUCGGUUCUGCGGGUCAGUUUUGAGUUGAACAACCAUUUGUAUAAUGCGCAUGACCGGACCUUGCCUGAAGCAUUUCGCGAACGCACUCUGGACUUCUACCUCACCCUAUGCCAUCGUCUCAUGAAGCAAAGAACCUCCCUUCCUGAAGACACGGAUGCUUUGCUCCACGCAUGCUGGUCGCUAGCCGAAAUGCUCUUCAGCAUUCGCCAGAAUAGCCGUGACGGUAGACCCGCAGACGAGGAACUGCUGGGAUCCGCCAUCCAAGCGUGCUGGGAACUCUGCGAUCUGUUCCGAGAGGGCUGGACGCAAGUACGACCUGAGCGCGGUACCCCUCGUCCCGCUCAAUUCUCAUUCAACGCCGGCCCCGCAUCUGUGUCACACUCCCAAGUCUCUCAUUCUGAGCGCUCUGGGCGUACCUCUACGAUGAGCGGCUCUUAUCACUCCGUGAUAUCGAACGGUCUGCGGCGACAGGAAAUCAUGCCUUUGCAUCCCGAAACACCCACUACCAUCUUCGACGACCGUGAGGAAUUUUCGCCUGCCGACCCGGAACCACAAGUGCCAAACAUCUUAAUACUGGGCCCUGAAGCCGGUCAAACCAGGACCCAUGAUCGAUGGUCAUCUGCAGCUUCCAGUCUCUCAACCUAUUCCGACGCCUCCGUGCACACUUCCUCCACAGCAACGGCUGGGCGGGAGGACGCAACGAUCAUUCGCUUGAAAGGAUUGCUGGUCAAAGCAGCUAUCAAUACUGGUUUCAAUCGAUCGACCCCCCUGCCUGAUUUCGUCAGCGCCCUGCCCUCGAAUAGUUUUGGUGACGCCGCUUGGCAGACUCAACUGUUCGACAAUUAUCGAAAGCUCGUGCUCUCAGACCCCACCCUGAGACCGCUUCAUAACCAACCAUUGCGAAGAUUGACCUCGGGCGAAAUUGGGAGAGCCGUUCAGCAGUUAUCGCGCAGCGACCAAUUCUCCUGGAUGCGCGAUUUGUAUCGAUUCGUCUUUGGUUGCUAUCCCGAUGACCCAGGACAGCGCAACCUCAUCAUUAACGUCCCUGCUUAAUCUUACCAUU